AUGGCCAACCCAAAUAACAAAUCUGCGCUGCAUCAAGCACAGAGUGUCAGCUCUCGAAACCCUCCACUUUCUGGUGGUGAGAUGAUGAUGAUCUCCUCCGCCACUGCUCCAGGGCAUGAUCAUCAACACCCUCCUUCUCAACGCUACCGAGCUUCCGAGGUACGGUUCAACAAAUUCACGAUCUUCUGCGGGCCCUUCGCGCAGACGCUCUUCUUCCUCUUCUUGCCUGCGUCCCUCAACUUCCCCCCGCUUAGCCCCUCGACCUCGCCCGAGAACCUGGUGAAUCACUACCGAAAGCACGAAACGGGACUCCGCGGGGCUAGCGCCCUGAUGAGUCUAACCGCCGUGUUCUGGCCCAUCUUCGUCGCCGGCGUAAAUCGGCAGCUGGCGCGCAUCCCGGGGGUCAACCCGAUUGUACUCUAUACGCAGAUCGCCGGUGGCAGCCUCUGCGUGAUCUCCAUGAUGUGCCCGUCCUUCCUGUUCGCGGCGACCGUCUACCGGCUCGACCGGGACCCCGUGCUGACGCAGUUGCUGAGCGACUUGUCCUGGCUCACCUUCACCAUGGCCUGGCCCCCCUUCAUCGCCCAGGAUCUCGCCAUCUCCUGGGCCAUCCUGUCGGAUCGCCGGCCGAAACCCCUCUUUCCCCGGUGGUUGGCCUACACCACGACCGGGCUCACGAUCGGGCUAUACCCGGCACUCGGCGUACACUGUGUGCAUUCAGGGGUGCUAGCGUGGAAUGGGGCGUUGACCUUUUGGGUGGGCAUGGCCUGUGCAUUCUUUCAGAUGAAUCUGUUGGUGUUUUACUUGAUGCGUGCUGCGGGGACUGUAGAUGAUCAGGAGAAGGAGGAGCAGCAGUCCGGUUGUGAAGAUUUAGGAUCAUGA